AUGCAUUUAGCUAGUGUUCUUGCCAAUUCUUACUGUCAAAUGGGUCCCCACGAUAUCGGCUUCUCUCUCCUCGGUAAAGUAAUUAAGUUUGGCUAUCCCCUUGAUUGUGUCAUCUUUAACACCUUUAUCAAUUGCACCUUUAUCAAUUGUUAUAUCCACUGUGAUAAGCUCCCUCAAGCUGCUUCAGUGCUUCUUUGUCGGAUAAAAUUGUCAAGCUUGGAUUCCAACUCAACAUUGUUACCUUUAGUGCUAUGGUCAAAGAUGGAAGAUGCUGAAAAACUACUUGAUCUCAUGGCACAAAAUGACUGUGGUGAGCCUAAUCUCGUAUGUUUUAGCACUAUGAUUAAUGGAUAUUGCAAGGCUAAAAACAUUGGCAAAGCCCUGUACAUAUUCCAACAGAUGUUUCAGAAAGGGAAAACGGUGGUAGAGUCUAAUAGUGUGAUUUUGGCUCAGUAUAUUUUGAUACAUGUAUCACUCAUCACUAUAUUAGCUGCAUCAAAAGUUUCUGCUCUGCUUCCUUCUAUGUUAUUUCUCCUGUAA